AUGCGCUCUUCAACACUCCUUUCCGUGUCGACCCUGGCUGGCCUCGCGACCGCCUCGCCACCCUUUUGGCGCCGAAACCCAAACCCACCACCCGCUGAGGCUGUUUGCGAACCUGUUACCGAGACGGUACACCUCCCCGCUGAGACGGUCCACGAGACGGUCCAUGUCACCGUGACAGAACAUCAAGUCGUUACUGAAGUGCAACAUGCUACUAUCACAGAGCACGUCGAGGUUCCUGUGACGGAGCAUGUUGAAGUCCCUGUCACGUCCAUCGUGCACGUCGAAGUCGAGAAGCCUGUUACCGUGAUUGAGACGGUGCAACACGAGGUGGAAGUCGAAAAGCCGGUUACUGUUAUCGAGACUGUUCACCAGACUAUCGAGCAGCCUGUGACGGUGGUUCAUACUUCUGUGCAUGAGGUAGAGAUUGAGAAGCCCGUUACUGUUGUUGAGACUUCGGUGGUGCACCAGACUAUUGAACAGCCCGUUACAGUUGUUCACACGUCUAUUCAAGAGGUGGAAGUUGAGAAGCCGGUUACUGUCGUCGAGACCGUCCACCAAACCAUCGAACAACCCGUGACAUUGGUCCACACUUCAGUCGUCGAGGUCGAGAAGGAGGUCAAGGUCACCGAGACUUCAGUCGUCCACCAAACCGUCGAGCAGCCCGUUACUCUCGUCCAUACUGCCGUUGUGGAGGUCGACAGACCCGUCACAGUCAUUGAGACUUCCGUCCACGAAGUCGCCGUCGAGAAGCCUGUCACUGUUGUUGAGACUAUCCACCAGACUGUCGAACAGCCUGUGACAUUGGUUCACACUGCCGUCGUUGAGGUCGAGAAGCCUGUCGAGGUCCCCGUCACUCAAGUCGUUGAGGUUCCUGUUCAACACACCGUUGAAGUCCCUGUCGUGCACACUCAGAUCGUUGAGAAGCCAGUCGAGGUUCCAGUCCAGGUCGUCCACACCGUCACUGAGGAACUGGUUCAUACCGUCGAAGUUGAGAAGCCUGUUCACGUCACUGUUAUCCACACUGUUACCGAGCAAGCUCCUGCACACGCUGCGCCAGCGCCUACGCAUGUCGCGCCUCCUGCUGAGCAUCCUGUCGUCGAGACUCCUCCUGAGCAUGUCGUUGAACCACCCGCUGAACAUCCUGUGGUCGUCAUCACCGAGGGCCAUGAGCCAGCUACCGUCACAACAGCCAUUACACCUAUGCCACCUGCUCAUGAGACGGCUGUCGUGGAAGAACCCGCAGCUCCCGAGCACCCAGUCGUUGAAGCACCACCUGCCGAGCACCCAGUUGAGGCACCCGCUGAACCUGCUGAGCCCGCCGCACCUGAACACCCAGCUCCCGAAGCACCCCCUGCCGAACACCCUGCUACCGAAGCACCUCCCGCAGAGCACCCAGUUGAGGCGCCCGUCGCCGAGGCCCCAGCAGCUGAACACCCAGUCGCCGAAGCUCCAGCAGAAGAAGCAGCCCCAGAACACAUCCCCACAAUGAUGGAGCACCCAACCCCUUCCAAACCCGAGCACACCGUCAUGGAAGAGCACGGCGGCGAGAUGCCCAUCGAAGAAGCAUUGAAGCAUCCCCCAAGCGCCAAGGACAUCCCCGUCCUUCUACCCAACGGCGGAGUGACAAACACGACAGUCGCACCAACAUAUCCUGGACGACGGGCGGUUGUGAGAAGGUUCUAG